UAAGCUUACUCUCUCUAUCGCUAUCGCUAUCUCUCUCCCUGUCCCUCUCCCUCCUUCCAUCCAGCGAAAAUAGACGCAUUUCAGCAAGACACAAGAAAUCAGGUGUCCUCCUUUACGAUUAAUCCAGACUUUAGGGUUUCAAAACCUCCGACUUCCAUUGCUUUCGAGCUUUCCUCUCUCUCUCCUGGAUUUCGUAGUUCAAAAUCCUUCACUUUACUUCUACCGCACUAAGAAUUUUGAACUUCGAAAUUUUAGGGCUUCUUUGUUCUCCUCUUAUCCGUCAUCUCAUUUCCUUUUUGGAACGUGGCCCUUGAUUUUGUUUCUUUUAUUUGGAUCCGUUAAUGGACGCUCGAGAUUCAUCUUCUUCGGCCACCCCGAAUCGAGAUGGGUCAUCAUCGGCUGUUGAGGACGAUGGUGCUGUACCCGUCACUGCAGCUCUCGCCAAGGAAGCUGCAUCGCUUUUCCAAUCGGGGAAGUAUGCUGGGUGUGUAGAGGUUUUGAACCAGUUGUUGCAGAAGAAAGAAGACGAUCCUAAGGUGCUUCAUAAUAUCGCUAUUUCUGAAUACUUGAGGGAUGGUUGUUCCAAUCCAAAGAAGUUGCUUGAAGUAUUAAACAAUGUCAAGAAGAAGAGUGAGAACCUAGCAAUUUCAUCUGGAGAACAAACAGAUGCUCUUAACCCUGAAAAUAAGAAUACUUUGGGUAAAGGAAGUAAUUUAUCGGCUCACCAAACUGCUGCAAAUAAUGCCGAUAUCAUGUACAUGGAAGAGUUCGAUGCCUCCAUUGCUACCUUAAACAUUGCUAUUGUAUGGUUCAAUCUUCAUGAGUAUGCAAAGGCGUUAGCAGUUCUUGAACCUUUAUAUCAAAAUAUUGAACCCAUAUAUGAGACCACAGCUCUUCGUAUUUGCUUUUUGCUGCUGGAUGUUGGAUUAGCCUCCCGUGAUGCAUCAUUGUCUGCAGAUGUUCUACUUUAUCUGGAAAAAGCUUUUGGGGUUACCAAUGCGAUCCAGAGUGAAACUGGAAGUACAGGGGCACAACAAUCCACAAAUGUGGUUGCAAAAUCUUCAUCUGUUCCUAGCAAUGCUUCUGCCUCCGAACCUUCUAAUACAGAUAUAGCCGCAAGUGUCAAUUCCUUGGAGAGUCCUCUAUCAAGAACUUUGUCAGAGGAGACAUUUGAGUAUGAGUCCAUGUUAUCAACGUUGGAUAUUGGUGGACAGAAUUUACCAGCACAGGCUGGUUUUUCAUCCUCAAAUGUUCUUUUAAGGACACCAGUUUAUCGGUCUCUAUCUACUGUUGAUCUCAAGCUUAAACUGCAACUAUAUAAGGUUCGCUUUCUUCUUCUCACUAGAAAUUUAAAGCAAGCAAAGCGCGAAGCAAAGCAUGCCAUGAACAUUGCUCGUGGGAUAGAUUCAUCCAUGGCUCUUCUCUUAAAGGCUGAACUUGAAUAUGCCCGUGGCAACCAUCGCAAGGCCAUGAAGCUACUACUGGCAUCAGGUAACCGGACAGACAUGGGGAUUUCAAGUAUGUUAAACAACAACCUUGGCUGCAUAUAUAAUCAACUGGGGAAGUAUCAUACAUCUACUGUAGUCUUUUCCAAAGCUGUAUCUAGUAGUUCGGCUCUUUGGAAGGAUAGAAAACCAAAGACUGUUUCACAAGACAACUCUCUUCUUAUCGUGUAUAAUUGUGGUGUUCAGUACUUGGCUUGUGGAAAACCACUUCUUGCUGCCCGAUGCUUCCAAAAAGCCGGUUUGAUUUUCUAUAAUCGCCCUCUGUUGUGGCUCCGACUUGCUGAAUGCUGCUUAAUGGCUUUAGAGAUGGGGCUGCUAAAGGACAACCUUGCUGAAUCCGAUAGAUCAGAUCUCAAGGUUCAUGUUGUUGGAAAGGGAAGAUGGAGACAGCUUGUAUUGGAGGAUGGAAUUUCGAAAAAUGGAUGUGCGUUUUCCUCUGGAAAAGAAGCUGGACAAUUCAGCAGCGAAGGACAACCUAAGCUGUCAAUUUCUUUUGCACGGCAAUGUCUCUGUAAUGCUAUGUACUUGUUAAACCAUUCGAAGACGAGCUUUUCGAAUUCUGUCGUGGCCUCUAAUUCUUCCUUGGAGGAAAAAGAUUCAAGUGAAGUGGCACCGUCAAGGAGAAAUUAUAAGAACUUACACUGUAUUGAUUCCAAAGCUUCCCUGGUAACUUCAGGCUCUAAUCAGAUAAGUUCAAAUGGUGAUGCGAAAGAACAGAAAGGUGCUUCAUCAAUUCAGGAACUUGUGCAAAACUCCCUCUCCUACUAUGAUGAGAUUACUCGGAGAGAAAACCUGUUGAUUAAGCAAGCACUUCUUGCUAACCUGGCUUAUGUGGAGUUGAAACUGGGAAACCCAUUGAGAGCCCUAACACUUGGAAGGUCUCUCUUGGAGCUCCCAGAAAGUUCUAAAGUUUAUACAUUCUUAGGCCGCGUUUAUGCUGCAGAGGCCCUUUGCUUGCUAAAUAGACCAAAAGAAGCUGCCGAGCAUUUACUAUACUAUUUAUCUGAAGGAACUAAUUCCAAAUUGCCAUUCAGUCAAGAGGACUGCGAGGUAUGGCGAGUAGAUGGGACUGCAGAUCUUGAAGGGGCAAAUGGAGGAUCCACAACCGCUAAUAGUUCAUCUCAGGAUGACCCUCACGGUAUGAAGUUCCUCAGACCAGAGGAAGGACGGGCAGUCCUCUUUGCAAAUUUUGCCACAGUUUCGGCUUUACAAGGGGAAUUUAAACAGGCCCAAGAGUUUUUAUCAGAAGCAUUAUCGAUUAUACCCAACAGUCCAGAAGCCAAUAUGACUGCAGUUUAUGUCGAUCUCGCUCUCGGUAAGUCCCAAGAAGCUAUUGCCAAAUUAAAACAGUGUAGUUGUGUAAGGUUCCUCCCCAGUGGAUUGACAAUGGAAAGAUCUUCGUGAUUGUUGUAACUGGUGGCUUUGUAUUAAUGUCCCGCCCUCCUGUUAGUGCUAGUCAAUGGGCUAGUCGGCUAGAUAGUAAUCUUUAGGAGGAACAUAUGAUAUAUAGCUCAUUUCAGAGAAUAAAAUUGAUGUUCAAUUUUUUUCUUUUCUUUUUAAUUUUCAUCCCUAGGGUUCAUUAGUAGUUGUGUAUCUGUUUUUUGGUUAGUGGAGAUGCUAUCCUAUUGUUACAUUGAACGUUGAUAGAGUUUUUCUUGAGAAAGAAAUUGGAAAGAAGUAUUUUUCU